AAGCCGUCGCCGUGGAAAAGUGCUGGGCGUGCAGCAGCGCGGCCGCGAGCUCGACGGCGGCAAGCCCUUCCCCCUCCUCUUUUAUUUUUUUAUUCCGAGCCUGCCCGCAGCUUGAAACAGCAGCCCGUCUGGACUACGACCCGUGCGGCAACCUCCAUCAGCAGCGACUGCCGGCUUGGAAUAAGCGUGCUGUGUUGUGCGUUUGCGACGCUGAGCGAGCGGGUUCUCGGUUUAGGCCUACGGCCGCUCUCGCAUCGUCCGUUGCCCGGGAUUUGGUGUGUGUCCUCGCGCGGCGAGCUACUCCAUCGAGCAGCGACGUGCAGACCCCUUCGCCACUGGGUGCCAGGCUGUCCAUGCGCAGAAGGGACGCUAAGAGACACGUUGCAGUCCACAACUUGGGGGACUCGCGCCACGUGCGCCAACUCCCUUGACUGCGAAGGGAAUGCGCCGCCUGCUUAACACGAAGUGAAGUCAUUUCGGCAAUGAGGCCCAACGCCGGUUUGCUCGAAUGGUUUCCUGGGGACCCGCGUCGUGUGGAGGCGCCGUCCGGCGGCCCGAUGCUCUCUGAGCUGCAGCUGCAGCCGCUGGGGCGCCGGUCGGCGGCGGCGGCGGCUGCCCCAUCCUCGGACGAGGUGGCCUCCCUGAAACCCAUGCUGCUGCAGGCCGCCCAGGGGGCCGGGGGCCUGGCCGCCGGGUCGCCGCCGGCACUGUCGCCCAACCUGCCCAGCGUGGUCAAGGUGGAGCCCCGGCUGCCCAGCCCCUGCAUCGGCGGCGCGGCCAGCGACGGGGGCCCGGCGCCCUCGAAGCGCGUGCGCCAGGAUGACGCCGGUGCGUGGAUCUCGUCGCCGUCGUCGCAGAUGUCGGUGGGCUCGCUGUCCCCGCCGCCGCCGCUACUCAACGGACUGGCCAACAGCAGCGGACUGUCGCCCGUGUCGUGCUCCAGCUACGAGACGUACAGCCCCCGGGGACCCUGCAAAGAAGAGAUGAGCCCUAGCAGUGGGGGCGGUGGCAUGAAUGGCUAUUUUGUGGACAGCUUUGGUGACCCAAAGAAGAAGAAGGGUCCCGCGCCAAGGCAGCAAGAGGAACUCUGCUUGGUCUGUGGUGACAGGGCGUCAGGCUACCAUUACAAUGCACUCACGUGCGAAGGCUGCAAGGGCUUCUUCAGGCGUAGCAUCACAAAGAAUGCGGUCUACCAGUGCAAGUAUGGCAAUAACUGUGACAUCGACAUGUACAUGCGGCGCAAGUGCCAGGAGUGCCGUCUCAAGAAGUGCCUCAGUGUUGGAAUGCGACCAGAAUGUGUGGUGCCGGAGUACCAGUGUGCCAUCAAGCGAGAGUCGAAGAAGCACCAAAAGGACCGGCCCAACAGCACAACACGAGAGAGCCCCUCUGGGCUAAUGGCACCAUCGUCCGUGGGCGGCGGUGUGAGCCCCAGCAGCCAGCCGUUGGGUGGUGGAGGCAGCUCCCUGGGCAGCAACAGCAACCAUGAGGAAGACAAGAAACCUCUGGUGCUGAGCCCAGGUGUCAAGCCCCUUACUUCGUCUCAGGAGGACCUCAUCAACAAGCUAGUCUACUACCAGCAGGAGUUUGAGUCUCCUUCUGAAGAGGACAUGAAGAAAACCACGCCUUUCCCACUGGGGGACAGUGAGGAAGACAACCAGCGGCGAUUCCAGCACAUCACCGAGAUCACCAUCCUAACAGUGCAGCUCAUUGUGGAGUUCUCCAAGCGAGUUCCCGGCUUUGACACAUUGGCACGAGAAGAUCAGAUUACUUUGCUGAAGGCUUGCUCCAGCGAGGUGAUGAUGCUGAGAGGUGCCCGGAAGUAUGAUGUGAAGACAGAUUCUAUCGUGUUUGCCAACAACCAGCCGUACACAAGGGACAACUACCGCAGUGCCAGUGUGGGUGAUUCAGCGGAUGCCCUGUUUCGUUUCUGCCGCAAGAUGUGUCAGCUGCGAGUGGACAAUGCUGAAUAUGCACUCCUCACAGCCAUUGUUAUUUUCUCUGAGCGGCCAGCACUGGUGGACCCGUGCAAGGUGGAGCGCAUUCAGGAGUACUACAUAGAGACACUGCGCAUGUACUCGGAGAACCACCGGCCCCCGGGCAAGAACUACUUUGCCCGGCUGCUGUCCAUCUUGACGGAGCUGCGCACCUUGGGCAACAUGAAUGCCGAGAUGUGCUUCUCGCUCAAGGUGCAGAACAAGAAGCUGCCACCGUUCUUGGCUGAGAUUUGGGACAUCCAAGAGUAGUAGUGGGGGAGUGUGUUGGGCUCUGCUGUGGACUGCCUGCAAGUGGCCCAUCUUCUGGCACUGCCACAAUGUAUAGGCGUCGUACGUCUCAUUGCCAACGCUAUUGGGAAAAGGCUUUGGCCAACAUCCUGCUUUCCACGCCGUCAGCCAUGGUUGUUGCACCUUUUGUGUGUCAGGUGUGAGCCACCAGCCCCAACAGGCCACCUUUAGUCAUGUUUUGAAAGAACUAGAGGUGUGCGAAUACUCUACUAUCACCGAAUCGAAUUCAAUAGUGAAUGAUUGAAUAAUUCGAUUCCUGAAUGAAGUAUCUACUAUUACAUGUAUUCGGUGUAGAGAUGCUGCACAGUGCCAGAUGUUGCAAGCAUGUCGUCAGCUGGGACGGGUCGUCCCGGUGACGAUGUAGUGGACUUGGUCACUACAAUGCCAUCACACCACAGUUCGCCUAACGGCACCGCAUUUCAUUAAGUGCGAAAGCAUGUGCGAAGACCGGGCUGAUCAGCCACCAAUAGGCACACAGAUGGCAUUGGAUACAAACUGUCAUAUGCUAGAACUGAACAGUAAUCAGUGUUGUCAUACUGAUUUGGUGCUCACUUUAUAAGAGUGGAAUCGUGCUGUAUAUCUUGAUUUAUAUUUACAUUAAUUACUGGUAGCUUGCUACAUUCUUGUUAUGCAAUGCUAGAAGACUUCCAAGCAUGUGCAGCACCAUAUUGUCUUGGCCAAAAUAUGUAACAUUAAAUGUGAAAAAUUUUCUGAUAUUUGAUAUUUGAUUCAAUACUAUGCUUUUUUUUCUUGAUACGAUUCGAAAUCUACUAUUCAGUAUUCGCACACCUCUUGAAAGAAUGCAUUGAGGAAGAAACUCUGUGGGGGAAAGCCCAUCUUCAUUUUAUCGCCGACUGUGUGUGUGUGUGCACUUAUUAGAAUGCUACCUCACACUGUUAUAAAAAAAAAAAGUUUGAUUGUUAGCAUGUUUUCUGUUAAUACAAAGUUCUUUCCUGCUGAAGCAGAGUGAUCUCUUUGCUUUUCAUGCAACAAUGCGUUAACUGUAGUGCACUGAUGAUUAAUAUUUUACAAGUUCUCAUGGAGAAUAGUUGCUUUUUAUUCCACUUUGCUCAUUUUAUUUUGUCACUAGUGACUAUGUCAUUAUUAUUUGAGGCCAUGAAUGAUUACUUACAGACAGUAAUUUUAAGACAGUAAUUGAGUUUUUAUAAAUGAUGCCCGACAGUGACAUAGUUGAUAAUUUCUUUCUUUUUGUAUUUUACACCCCUAGAGCUAAGCAUACUGAGGCUUCAGUGCAAAUUGUGGAACAGGUAAUGUUCAGAUUGUACUAUCCCCCACCACGGUUUUCGCUACUGAAUGUGAACACGUUCAUAAAAGCCAUGCUCGCAAACCACUUAUCUAAAUGGCACAAGAGGGAUAGCAUGGCUGACAGUGUGGACAGCAUAUGCCUGGUCUGUGUACUUGACCGACUACAGGGGGUAUAUUGGGGUGACUGCGGCUUCUGCCCAGACUUGGCAUACUACAAAGGCAUCAUGAGCAUUGCAGAGCCUCAUGAGCAUUGCAGAGCCUGAGUGUAGUUGUAAGCUGGGGAUGCGAUCCUGUGGUCUGACCAGCAGCUCUUUCCUUUUAUUAUCUUUUUUUUUUAAUCCUACAGGCUUCGCUGUUUAGUGUAUGUUUUUGUUGCAGUGACUAACAGCUCCAGAAGGGCAUUCUUGAGUGUUGCGGAGAGGAGCGCUGAUGAAGGAAAUGGCAAACAAUAAUGACCGAUGCUUGCAGUGAGCCCUCUCGCACCAUUUCUGGCGGGUGUAGCCACAUGUGAUGAAAGCCAUUGUUUGAAAGCUGCAGUGCAUGUAAUGGUCCAUGGCGUGGCGAAAAGGGGACUGUUUCAGAGGGCAUGCAUGAUGUGCACUGCCACCCCCCUGUGUGCUUGCCUCUCUGGUUGCAUGGUUGCGUUUGAUAGCGUGUAGUACCACCACUACCUACUGUUGAACCCACAGUCAAGUGCCUUAACAUAGUUUGAGAAAGGUUUGUCCUGCUCCUCUUGGGUUAGCGUGUAACUCUGUAACCUGUGCAGCCAGCGAUUGUGCGAGAGGGCUGCUGCCAGCGUCAUGCCAUGUGCCGGCAAAAAGUGUGGUUUGCUGCUUUCCUUCCUCGCCCCUUUCUGCCUCUGGGCAGACGACAGUGGCAGCGCCACGAUGGCCAGGGCAGCUGUGGUCGCUUGCAGUGGCAGGGAUGCCUCCCUCUCUCUGCAGUUGCAUGCGAGAGGUGGCUGUGAGUGAGAUAAACGCACAAACUUUGACAAUUGUACAAAUAUCUUCCCCUUCCAUAUGGCAAGGGCAUUGUUCUUUACUUUAUUUUAUUGCCUGGUUUGCUUUUUUUUAAGGGUGUUUCUUGUCUCUCUGUGUUACGACGUUGGGUGCAUGUACAUAGCGACGUGUAAUGCUAGGCACGAUCGACAGAAAUGGGGAAUAAUGGCAUCGUGUAGUGCUCGCUUGGUACCGGUGAUGUGAAAGGGGGUGUGGAGCACCCCAGAACAGAAGGAAAAGAUGCCAGCAGUGAGGGAAGGACUGAGCAGCCCACCACCAGACCGCCUCACCUUUUCUUUUUUUUUCUUCUUUUUGAAUUCAGAGCGGUUUACGAUCUCAGUGUUUCACAAAACCACUUGGCAGGUAGCAGCAAAGCAUGAAAAAUGGACAAAAAAAAAAAGGACUGCAAAUGCAUUAACCAUGACUGCUUCAACUUGGGACGUUGCCGGCAACGAAACCAGUGGACCUACAGCAAAACAUCGAGCGUCAACCUUGUGUGUACAUCUGUGCUUGUCUGUGCUUGUAGUGUGUGGUUGUUGGACGUGCACAGACUGUUAUGUGGAAUACCCAGAGGGACUUGUGGCAGUGGGUUGUCCUGGCCCCGCGCCUUCACUUCUGAAUCUCAGUGGACGUAAGAGAAGCCAAUAUAUCAAGCAAGAGAAAACACCUGGGAGCAUAGAGAAAAAAAUAUACUUGCGAAGAAUCAGUGGCACGAGUGAGACACACAACAUAUUUGCAGGCGGUGCUGCUUGAUUUUGUUUUUUUUUUAUUAUUAUUAUUGUUUGAGUGCCUUUGUUGUUUCUUGCUGUCACGAUCCGAUGAGCCUAACCAGGUGCAGUGUGAAGGCAUGUUUAUUUCGGACAUGUGUAAGAGUGCUUGAUUACUUGAAUUUUCUUUUACUUUCCUUUCCUUUCCGUUGUUCAUCUUUCCAACUAGGCGGGGAGCGAAUUGCAUUUCUCUCAUUGUGUGUCGCUGCCUUGGCGCUUGUGUGUUCGGACAAGUGCCACUUCUACCGAGGCAUGAGAUGUGGGGCAACAGAACAGCCCGCUCUGUGCAUUAGCUGCGCACGGGCGACCCUGGGGUCAUGUGCACAUUACGCACACUACGCACACUGCUUGCUGUCCAGCUGAGCAAUGCAUGGCCAUUUCUGUCACGCGGUUGGGGAAGCAAGGGGAGCAGCAAAUCCCAAAUCAUCCCAUUGGAUCACGCCAGCAAGCACACACCUUGGCUUGACACUUGCCUGCUAUGCUUUAGCAGGGGCAAGCUGCUACAUUAUUUCCUGUCUGCUACAGACCCGUGUACCUGACUGUCGUACGAGCGUCACGAUCUCUGCACUGAUCAUUGGAGCCGUUCCGCACUUUCUUUGUUGCUUCCCCAUGUUUCCCCAUUACAAGGCUGUUGAGGCGUGUGCGUGAACGUGACAGCAUGGUGGCCGUGCAGUUCGGGGUUUGGGCGUCAUGCAUUGUCGUCUAGCAGUGUCCCGUUCUCUAUGGGAUAUUUAUUGCCAUCAAGUUGUACAGUGCUGAAUGCUUUUGUUGCGGGCACACAGGGGUAGAUACCAGAGUUGUGUUUUUAGGGCUCCCCUGGAUAAUGUGUGAAAGCGCCUUUCUAGAAACAAAAGAAAAAAGGGAACUUGGUAUCCAUAAGUAUAUUGAUGUACCAUAGAUGAUAUAUGUUGCUAACCAUGGAUGCCUCAUUUCAUUAGUGAGCCAAGAAUAUUUCUGCCAUGGAGCGUUGCUGGUUUCCAAGCACUUAUUUCCUUCCUCUCUGCAAGGUACCACUCUUUGCUUCUCCCUUGUUCCUUGAGCAUGCAAACCUUAGCUUUAUUCAUUAUUUUUCUGGCAACAUAGCACUCUAUUGUACGAAUGAGUUGGACAGUGUGUUCAAGAUAAAGAAAGAUAUGUAAAUAUGGCCUGCCAUUUUAUGUCCCCUCUAGCUCUCUGAAUGUAGAACACAGCAUGAGUGACUGGUGGAUGCGGAAAAUUUCAUGUGUGGACAGGCUGUUUUCCGUGACCUCACUGUAAACAAUGUUACCUUGCAGAACUCAUCUUGUCAAAGGCUAGCAGUGCCAACUUAAGUUGUUUUGCUUAUGGAGAGUCAUUCUGUCAGCAUGAAAGUAUCUGCAGAGAGAAAGACAAAAAGGCCGACUUUGUGGAUGCAUGACCAGGCAACGUUGCUAGGUUAGACUGUGCAACACUCUGUGGAUGAAGGGGCAGUGAAAUUCUGUGCCUUGACCAAAUAUAGAUGGCCUUUAUUUUUCUGCUGAGACCUAUGGUGCUAAGGCUGAGAUGGAAAUGUUGCAACCGUGGAAUACGAACGGGUAUCCUCAAGCUCAAGUAAAAAAAAAGUAAAGAAUAGAAGGUAUUAUCCCUCGGUUGCCUGCUUUUUCCAAAGCAGGUAUCCUCUCGCUACCAGCCACGCUUGGGUUUCCGUCCAGUAAUCGUAGCUCUUCUCCCUUCUUGUCUGCCAUACAAAGCUGCCAGCAUUUUUGCCACUGCCACAAUAAUUAAAACAUAGCCAUUCCCAUUUCUGAUCCCAUUUGUCCUGUGCAUCUUCAUGGCAUUGCACCAUUUGCUGACUCUCAGCCAAGUGAAAGCUUUGAAAGGUGGCAAGCCAGUUGGCAGUGACGAGUUAAGUAUUUCCACCCUAGCAGCUCUCUGAAUGUGGCAGUGACUCAAGCUACACUCUGCAGCAUUUGGGCUGUUGGCAGCUGUUAAACGCAACAUAUUUUUCUUGCACUUUCACUGAAACGAAAUGCAUCCAAAACUGGAAUCUUUGCAUGCAGCUCAUGAUAUAGUGAUAGAAGGAUGCUGCAAAAGAAAAAAGAAAAUGCAGGACAUUACCCUAUGGCAAACGCGGUCAAAUGCCAAAGGCAAGCUUCAGCACAGGCAACUUUAUCACAUAGGUUACACAUGGAAAUUAUGACAUGUGGCCAAAAGUCUAGUUAUGACGACCAGGAAACAUGCUACAAUGACAGAUGAGUGGCAGUGCUCAACGUGUACUGGCACCAGCUGGUAUUAUUUAUACAAGCAUAAAAGCAUGUGUGAGCACUGAGCUUAUAAUUGGUUAUCUUCUUAUUCGUGUAAACACCUAAUUGAAAGCUGACCUGCUGCAAAGGCUCAGUGACUAUGGAGCUCUGCUUCUGAGCUAGCAGCACCCAUAAUCUGAUACAAGCAGAAUGGAAAAAUUCUAGUGUAUUUGACCUUGGUGCACAUUUGAGAACUCCAGGUGGUCAAAAUUAAUUUGUAGGCUUCCAGUCUGGCACCGUCUUAUAGCCUAAAUAUUGCUUUGGGACAUCAAACUAUAGCAGUCAAUCAUUUGGAGGCCAUGCUGCAAAGACUUGAUUGUGGCAUUUGACUUGCACUUGGCAUCAAAGGCAGAGUUCUACACCUGAUGCUUAGGCCAAGUGAAUAUCGGCAGAAACAUUUGGAGCACAAACUAAACGACAACUGGAAGUGCCUGGAUGAAAAAUAGAGUGUUUGUCUAUUUCAAACAACUAUGACAAACUAUGAGAUUUGCUAAUAUUUUUGCCGAGACAUAUUUUGAAGAUUACAGAGGCCCAGUGUGCCAGAACUGCUCACAAGAGUUGCAGUUUAAGACAGAGCUUGCAUGCAUGCUUGCUUCCUUCUGCUUCCGGCUAGACAAUCGAGCUCCCGCGCAGUAAAGAAUGCUUGGGAACCAGCAGCGCCCCUGGCAGGGCACCCUGUAUUCUCCUUUCCCCCCUCCCCCACCCCCUUCGUCCCUGGUGUGAAAGUGGCUUGUGGCUUUUGUAGCUUUUGCCAGCUGGGGCAGCGGCCACACUGCCUCACAUUCCCUGUGUCAGGGGGAGGUUGCCUCUUGGGACAAGCUGGGCUCUUGUGAUGUGUUUCCCACAUGGAGGGAGGUCAGUCCUCUCUCCGCGCACAUUCAUCCUUGGGAUGCUGUCGAUGUGCUGUUAAGAUUCCUAUGUCCCUAUAGUUGUCUUGUGUCCUUGAGUGUUGAGGAGCUGUCUUUUGGUUCAUGUUGGCCUCUUGAGUGAUGCUGUGAUUUCCUUGUUUGUUGUUUGUUUUACCUUUUCCUCCCCGGAUUGCAUGUGUUUCUCCCGACUGUUCUUGUAUGUAGUUUUCCCAGUUGUGUUUACUGGGACGUACUGCCUGUUCCUCAUCCGUCAGCUUCUAUGCGCCCUCUGGCACCUAUCAAGUAGCGUGCGUCUGUUGACCCCUAAUUUAUUUCGCGCGGCUUACUUUUUUUCUCGCUCUCUCUCUCUCUUGCCUCGAGACUGCCUUCCACCACCUCCCCUGCAUACGCGAGUGUGUGAUUUCACGCCCCACCCCCGACCCCUUUCUCAGCAAAAGCCUCCCCGAAGAAUUGCCGUCUGGGGCAUAGAAGGAGCUUUCAGCAGUUGAAGGCAUGCAGUGAGAAUGCUGUCUAUGGGAAAUUAAUCCAGCUGUCAGCUGGAUGCAACUGAUCACCGUGUCUAUUCUUGGAGAAAUUAUUUUGUGAGGCCGCCAACCUUGGUAGCACGAGGGGUCAAAAAACGCAGAAGCAACUGUCAGUUAUUUUUCAUAGACAUGCUGGAGUGAACACACAGACGCUAUAAUCGGGGCGUAACUAACAAUGCUUGUAUAUAGUCAACACUGUUUAUACUUAUGGAGGAGAGAGAGGGCUGAAUAAGUUAUGUUUGUUAUGGACUUUGUGCAAAUUUUUUUGUUUCUGGAGCUCCUUUCUUGCUGCGGAGCCAAUGCGCACAAGGGGACACAAGUGGGUUGUUGUGCGCUCAGGUCUGCUACUGUUUUUUGUUGUACAGAUUGUAUCUUUUUUGCAAUGUUCUAUAUUUUUAAAAAUUAAAAAUCCUUGGCUCGA